UCUCUCUAGAGUACGGUAGCUAUCGCGCAGGGCACCGUCGUUCGACCUUCUUGCAAGGACAUGCCAACUCCACGCCUCGCAAUCGCUAAAGACUAUGCACGAAACCUGCGCGCGGGGGACCGGCAAGCGAUGAAGAAAGUCAAACAUGGUGAAGGUAAUGCUCGUGGCUCGAGAUAUUAAUGCCGGACUUUUGCUAUAAAUGCUACAGUCAAGCUGGGACGGCACAAAAAGAAAAGAAAAGGAAAUAAACCUAGUGGCCUAAACGAUACGGGCAUGUCCCGGCUAGAGCCGUUGGACUCGGACAGGCGAGCGCAGGACUGGUUCGCCGACCCGGCGGCGGCGGCGGGUCCGGCAUCAUCACGAUCGGGGUCUGAGCGCAUCAGAUGCCUGGGGUCUACCAGCUACGGGUCGGGUCAGUACCGAUGGGGUACGCACUUUGAGCUGCACAUCGAGCGAAGGGCCACGUACCUAUCUAGCCUCGGCAUCCGAGGCCGCCUGUGGCCAAGGCUGAACAACCCCCACCGGCGCCAGCAGGAGAGGGCGGCAUCUUUGGCGGACACCGACAGCGCAUCGACCCGCAACGGCGGACUGCGUCCAGGGCGGCAGGCGGGCGAUGGCGGGCAGCGGCAGGGAGCGGGGAUGAGCAUCUGCUGCGCGACGUGA